AUGGCAUAUUUCUCUUUCACCCGAAAUAUUCUACAGGGGAAACCGAUAACUGUCUACAGAAGAAAAAAUCGGGUCGAUUUGGCCCGGGAUUUUACAUAUAUUGAUGAUAUUGUGAAAGGUUGUGUGGCGUCGUUGGAUACAUCUGGUAAGAGUACCGGGUCGGGUGGGAAGAAGAGAGGAGCAGCGCCGUACCGGAUAUUUAAUCUUGGAAACACGUCGCCGGUGACGGUGCCGACGUUGGUGAGUAUACUGGAGAAGAAUUUGAAGAAGAAGGCGAAGAAAUACGUGUUGGAGAUGCCUGGAAACGGCGACGUUCCGUUCACUCAUGCAAAUAUCAGUUUGGCCCGAAGGAAACUCGGGUAUAAACCGACAACCGAUUUGCCAACCGGGUUGAGAAAAUUUGUUAAAUGGUAUUUAUCGUAUUAUGGCUACGAUCAAGGAAAGCCUGUAAAUUUUAAAUAG